UGCAACGUGAAUAUCUGAAGGUUGUUCUCAUUGGAGCGCUAGUCAAAGUUUCACGUUCCCGCACCAAUGAAGGUCAAGGGUGACAAGGUGUGUGUGUGUUUAUGUAUAUUUCUUUAGCCCCCUCAAAUUAAAAUUGGGAAAUCUAAAGGCAGUAGGAAGAAGGACAAAUUAAAGUUAAAGAAUUCGAACAAGAAAUUGCUAAAAAGACGAUUAUCUUCGAAAGGAAAUCACUCCGAUACUAAGGCAAAUGAGGCGGCCAUUUCAAUUCCGGUCAAUGAAUUAGAUAUUUCACGAACGGCCUCUCUAUCGAAACAGCUUGAAAUGACAGAUGUGGAAAGUGAUAUUACAGGAAUCACACCUUUGGAUAUAGGAAUAUCAAAGCAAUCACCUAUAAAUGAUGAUGCGAUGGAUACCAAACCCCGCAUAAAACUAAGUAAAUCCCAGAAGAAACGCCAUCAAAAACAAGAAGUAGUGAAAUUGAAAAAAUCAGCAAAGGCAUCUGUCCCAAAGGCAGAACCAAAGGAACCACGCACAUCAUCGAGUAUUUCAUUUCCAGAACGUACGGGUUAUGUGUCAACCUUGGACACUGACGAGAAAAAGUUGGAUGCAGUACGGAACCGUCAAGCUGAAAUGUAUCAGUACACUUUGGUUGUGCGUCCAGUGCCAAGAAAUUGUCCUGCAAGUGUGGUUAGAGACCUUUUCCCAACUGCAGUCAAUGUACGCAUACCUUACAAGCGCAAUUCUAGAUAUGCUUUUGCAAAGUUUCGCAAUCAAGAUGAGAUGCUCGCUGCUCAAAAGUCAGUUUCUGGGAAACUUUUGCGUGACAAACCUAUCACAGUUGAAGUCUGUUCACUACACGGUCCUGAUAAUGUCGACUUAACUAAGUGGUGUGAACCUAUGCAAAAGCAACUUUCACACUUCGAUUGGCGUAGUCUACAUGUGACUCAUUUGCAUCGUGCUACUACACGUUUCGAUUUGGCCCAAGUAUUUCCGAAGGCUAUUAAUAUACGCAUGCCAACGAAUGAUGAUGGAUCCUGUCGAGGAUUUUGCACUUUAAUAUACGGCACACGUAAUCAUGCACUCAGAGAUUUUGAAAUGAGACACGGAACCUUUAUACACGGCGAACCUAUCUGCGUCAAUUUUUCUCUCAAAAGCCAAAAAAAAAUAGCUAUGAAAAAUGAAAGACGACAGUCUUCUGCUUUAAACAACAUGGAUGUGGAUAACAAUCAAGUGCCUAAUAAGGGCGAUUGUCCUAAAUCAUCAGACGACCAUUUAGUUAAUAUGUCUACUGAUUCAAUCGAUCCUGAAUUUAAAAUUGAUACAAAACCAACUGUCCCCAACUCUACAGACUCAACAUUAAAAAAGAAGUCAAAAUCUGCUACAGUGAAGCGGGCAGUCUCGGAUCCCUUAUUAAAUAAAAAACAUCAAUUAAAAGAUAAAGGCGUUAAGAGGAAGUCAACUACAAAUAUUUUCGACUCUUUAAUUCAACCAUCGAGUGGGGUGAAUAGUAAGAAGAGAAAGAAAAACUCAAAAUCUACAAAAAGUGGAAAGAAGCUCAAAAAAUAGAUUUCUUUGGGUGAGAAGUGCAAAUACAUUGAUAAGAUAAAAAAUACUGCAGACAACUUUGUGCGGGAUCUUCAUGGGCUUUUGUACAUUUCUUCUCUUUUGUGAAUAAAGUUAUUCUCUGAGUAAUAUUGUUUUUUUUCUGUGCCAGGAGUGCAGUUACACGAUUACUUUCGUAGUAUCUAAGUGUACUCCUAACCGUCACACAUUAACUUCAUUGUUUCAAAACAUACAAAAUAUUUAAUCAUCACACUUCAUUUCGUCGGCGAAACACCUUUUCACCCCCUC